AUGGGUAUUCCGAUGUGGCGCGAGCCUAUCCAGGCCGACAACCUCAAAACUGCCCGGGAUAAGGAUCCCUCGGCCGCUGCGCGGUCCGCGAUUCGCCGCCAACCCACCAUCCGCCGCCCGUCACGCCACGGCUCCUCUCGCGCGCGUGGCACCGGUGUCAUGUCAUCUUUCCAUUCUCAGAUUCUCGAUGAGAUUCAGCGCGGCGUCGCUGAGCCCCAGCGAGGUGUGCGCUCCCCCGUACUGAACCUAGGCGUCAGUGAAGAUGGAGUGAAUCUGGAUCAGAUUCGCUUGGAUGCUUUGAAUCAGCGCCGCACGCGCGCGAGUGACAACCGACGGCCAGAACCGUUGACCCGUAGCAACCAAAUCACUCGCGCUGCCGAUCCUCCGUUUCCCAUUCGUGACCCUGACACACCUCCCCCAUAUCGCAUAAAUGGGGAUUUGUCACCUUUCACGCCGAACUUUGCUCCCGCCACUGGCUACCAUCAGUCGUCCUCGCGGCCGACCCGUCUCCCGAUCCCACGCCUCCCGAAUUCACGUCACAUGGAGAGCCGCAAUCACGAUCUUCCCUCUUACAUCCCUUCUGUCCUGCUCCGAGACUACCGCAAUGGCAGCGGUCCGAACCGAUCUCACCGUGAAACUGCCAUCGACGGACUUGGUGACCGCCAGCGGAGCCUGAGCCCGGAUGCUGAGCGAGAAACUGACGCAUGGGAGACCUUGCUUUCGACUAUCACUCCGGACACGACUCUUCCUUCUACUGACACCUCCUUUUCAUCUACAUCUGCGUCCGCAACUGACCCUUCUCGCAACCAAACUUCUCACACCUCUGGUGCCUCUUGGCAGACGCAGCCAUCUCGCGCUGCUCACCUCGCCCUCGAUCCCUACCCUGAUUACCUGAACCCAUGCGACUACUCCUCGGACGAUGAGGAUACCCCCGUCAACUACCACAGGGUGUUGGGAUCAUCGAGUCUCCCGCUCUCUCUUCGUCGCUCGCCGGGCAUUCACUCGACCAUGAGCAACCACCCUCCUAUCCCUACGAUCUCCUUCUCCUUCUCGGACUCUGGCGAGUCGGAUCUCCAGCAGAUGCAGGCCAUUCUGGACCGACUUGCUCGCCGGGAGGAUAUUCCCGAUGACUGGUGGGCUGGCGCUGGCCUCUCGCGCACUAUGGGUCGUGGCUUGAGCACUAGUGCCGAGGGCAAUGAGAACAACCGCACCGAGUGA